GCGGCGCGCGGCCGCGUCCCCGUGGCCGUGAAUGAGCGCGGGGGGCGGGAGCGGAGCGGGAGCGGGCGGGCCGCGCUCCCACCGCACCGCACCGCACCGCGCUCCCACCGCGCCGCGCUCCCAGCGCACCGCACCGCACCGCGCUCCGCCGCGCCCCACAAAAGUGCGGAGCUGCCGCGGCCGGGCCCAGCACAGCCGCUUCCCCCGGGCCGGAGGGGGCGCGGAGCAGCCGCCGAGCCGAGCGGAGCCGCUGCGGGGGGCGCUGCGCCGGGCUGGGUUUUUUAUUUCCAAUUUUUGAUCGCAGCUGCAUUUCCCUCCCCCCGCCUGCCCCCCCGCGCCGAGGAGGAGCCCCGGCUUUAUGUGGUGCUGCCCGGAGAGCGCUCGGCGGCCGUGAAGUUCUUUGUGUCGCCGUCGCUUUCUUUUUUUUUUUUUUUCUUUUCUUUUUUUUUUUUUUUUUUAAAUGUAUAACUUCAUGGGUCUGAACAGCACGGCCGUAGCUCUUCAGCCCAAUGUGUCCUGCACAUGCAACUGCAAAAGGUCUUUGUUCCAGAGCAUGGAGAUCAGCACUGAAUGUUUAGGUCGCACCUUUCCAGGUAAACUGGCGGAGUUGGAGUUUGUACAGAUAAUCAUAAUCGUGGUGGUGAUGAUGGUGAUGGUGGUGGUGAUCACGUGUCUGCUGAACCACUACAAACUCUCUGCGCGAUCCUUCAUCAGCCGGCACAGCCAGGGGAGGCGGAGAGACGAGAACCUCUCAUCAGAGGGAAGCCUGUGGCCUUCGGAAAGCACCGUGUCGGGGAACGGCAUCACAGAGCAAAUCUACACCCCGAGACCCAGCGACCGCCUGGCCGUGCCAUCCUUUCUGCAGAGGGACCGUUUCAACAGGUUCCAGCCAACCUACCCCUACAUGCAGCACGAGAUCGACCUGCCGCCCACCAUCUCACUGUCGGACGGCGAGGAGCCCCCCCCGUACCAGGGACCCUGCACCCUGCAGCUGCGGGACCCCGAGCAGCAAAUGGAGCUCAACAGAGAGUCGGUGCGGGCCCCCCCCAACAGAACCAUCUUCGACAGUGACUUGAUAGAUAACUCUGUGUACGGGGGGCCGUGUCCCCCCAGCAGUAACUCUGGCAUCAGUGCGACCUGUUAUGGGAGCAACGGGAGGAUGGAGGGACCACCGCCGACCUACAGCGAGGUGAUCGGGCACUACCCCGGGUCCACGUUUUACCAGCACCAGCAGAACAACAAUGGGAUGCCCUCGAUCUUGGAGGGCAGCAGACUCCAUCAUUCACAACUCAAUGGCCUUGAGAGCACAACCGCGUGGAACAAAGAGAAAGAGAAACAAAAAGGGCACCCCUUUUAAAAAAAAAAGAAAAAAAAAAGAAAAAAUUUAAAAAAGGAAAAAAAAUAGAAGAAAAUAACAAAGUAAAUGAAACACUCUGCACUUCUCAUUAAAAGAAAAAGGAGAGAGUGAGUUGAGGAAGAUGAGCAAAGAAAAAGAAAAAGCCCUUCCCCAUCUCUCCAUGUAUAAAUAUUUACUUGUUAUGUCUGGUCUGAAUGCACAAGCCUACCAAGCUUGCAGAAACAUUUCUUUAUUGAGCUGUGUCUAGACGUUUAAAAAAGGAAAAAAAAUCAACCGUAGUCCAUUAUUUUUGUUUCUAGUUGAGCUGUGUGUGAAUGCUUUUUUUGUUUGUUUAUUUCACUUAUCUUUAAAGACAAAAUAUUUGCACAAAAAACAUUUUGUUUAAAGAUCUGCAAUAUAAAUAUAUAAAUAUAUAUUAAAAAUAAGAGAAAGUGUAUGUGUAAGGAGCAGGAGUAUUUUUGUAUUAGAAGAGGCCUAUUCAAAAAAAAAAAAAAACACAAAAGUUGUUUUCUGAACUAGAAGAAAAAUGGCAAUUUUUUUGAGUGCCAACUCAAAAAGCGUGUAUUACAUUGUAAAAAAGAAAAAAAAAAAAAAAGAAAAAAAUCAAAAAAAUCAAAAGCAGGGGUUUAGAGUUAUUUAUAUAAAUGUUGAAAUUUUGCACUAUUUUUUAAUAUAAAUAUGUCAGUGCUUGUGUUGGUCAAAGCCUCUAUCAUGUCUACCAUGAACCUGUCAAGGGAUACAUGUCGCAGUGAAGAACAAAGUAGCUGGAAGGGGGUGGCAAGCGCUGCAGUGGAGCCGCCGGCCCUGGCGGAGCGCUGAGCCAGGCCGCGUCUUAUGCAAACCCUUCAUUCCCAGAGUCCCCGCCGACGGUCACGGCUUCAUACAUUCCCUACAAAGCAAGAGGAGUUGGUGUGUGUCUGUGUGUCAUCCGGUAAGAGUUUUUUGGAGUAAAAAGGUAAAAUGCAAAGCCUCCCCGCUUCUGAGAGUCAGUAACGACAGAAGCAGACAGAAAUUACUUGAUUUUUUUAUUUUGGACAAGCUCUGGCUUCUUGGAGGGGGGUGGUGGGGGUGAGAAUAAACUUCUGUGUCUGAAGGAACAAAAGUGUUUUUUGGUUUAUUUCUUUCCAUGUUCAACUGAAGGGGCUCUGUUGGGAGCCAAAGCGUUAAUAUGGAAGUUAAUGGGAGUAAAUGGUAACGUCCCCACGGGCUGCCUCUCAGCUGGGGUUUAAAUCUCGCAUUGAAAGUAAGAGCUGAAACGUGUGGUGGUGGUGAAAGUAAUUUUCAUUUUGUAUUAGACUCCCAAGCCUCUAUUUGGAAUUACGGGGCGCAGCCGCCUCGCAGCUCUGCCGGCCCCCGGGCUGCCUCUGCUCAUCGCUAUAUUUUACUUUAUUAUCCUGGCUAAAGAGGCAUCGGAUACAGUAGAUGGAUAUGAACCUGCUCCUGUGAUGUAUUAAUUAAAGGCUAAAGAAAUACGCUUAACGCUUUAGAAGCAAAACCCCCUUUACCUCUUCUGAAGACGUCCCCAUCCACCGCAGCACGGUCCCUCCCGCCCGGCCUUGCGCGUCUUUUAUUUGUCUUGGUUUUGGAAGCGUUUUUGUCUUACUAUGCUAUUGUUUACAUUUUUUUAUAUUGCGUAGGUGUCUGGUAGGUGUUUUACCCUCGCGGUGAAUUUGUAUGUGGUGGAGUGAGCGAGUGGGAAACCUGAGAGCGCGAGAGAGAAAGAAAAAGGGAAAUAAACCCCAUUUUUGGUCCCGUCUCCCCGGCCGGGUGAGCAUCUCUCCGAGUGAGGAAGGGUUGGUAGGAGAACCACAGAGAGCGAAGAUUUGACAAGGAGGCGUGAUUUAAUUUUCUGCAGGAUGCUAUCUAGUAGAGUGACAUAAAUGAAAGAUAUAAAGGCAAUAACUAUUGUAUUUAAGCAACUUUUCUAUUACUUGAAAAACAAAAAAUAACCAUGAGAACGGUUUUGAAGUUCUGACCAUUUGAACGAUAUUUAUAUAUAUUUUAAAGAAGAUGAUGAAUAGCUGAACUUGAAGUUUGGUCAUUACUUUUUGCCUUUUUUUUUUUUUAAUUUUUGCCUAGAAAUAGUCCUGUACCUUCUCAAUAUUUCAGGCUGCUUUUCCACAGCUCUUGAAAUCUUCAUAGCUUUACAGUCAUGUCACCUAAAUUUUGAUGACCUAAAAAAAACCACAAAAAAAUCAACCACACAAAGGAAUAAAUCUAGUUUGUCAUGAAAGGUACAAAAAUGAUGAAUUUAUACAAGUUUUUAAAAUGUAUCUUUCCUUUAUGUAACAUGUCUAUUUAGUGCCUUAUUAAAGAAACAGUAACCCUCCCUUUUUAGAGAGGGGAAAGCAAAAUCAUUAUUAGCAUCACAAGUAACCAGCGUCUGGUCUCUUGCUCCUUUGGACCUUGCAGUUGAGUUUUCCAGUCCCUUCUUUCCCGCGGGCUGUAAGGGAACUUGAACGCAUUUAUGCACAUUUCUUACGCGGGGAGAUAGGAAACUCCGGUGGAUAUUGUAAAUGAGAUACCAACCAAAAGAGAAACCGAAAUAUAAUAUCUACUGCCCUCUUGAGCCAAAAUGCGUGAAUAGUGUUGUUGGGGUUUUUUUGUUUGUUUGUUUUUUGGUUUGUUGUUUGUUUGUUUUUUGGGGGGUGUUGUUGUUCUGUGAUCUAAACUAGUUUGUUUGCUACAAAAAACCCUGGUUACCUCAGCAGGUUUUGGGUGGAAUACGCAUCUCACAUCUGAGCCUGAGCAGCGCACAGGGCGGCGUGGUGGGGAGCAGGGCUGGGUGGGUGACGGGAUUGUCUUGUCACCUGCCACCAAACCCCAGGGAGGUGGGCAGGGUCUGGAGAGGUGUGGAUGGAGGGGUAGUGGGAGAGGGUCUAAAACCCAGUGCAAUUAACCCAGCUCUCAUGCUUUGAAGUCCUCAAAAUUUCAACUGAUCCUCCUUUUUUCCCCCCUCAUUUUUGUUUGUUUUGUCCUGUUUUUCUCUCCUCAAUCCACUCCCUGUGUGAGCUUUUAUUUCACAAGCCUCACCCCAAGCAUCUGCAGCCGCGUGGUCAAUUUGUUGAGUUCCUGGGCCCAGUUUUAUUUACCUCUGUCUCUCAUUUGGGGAAUUCAAUGAGUGUGAAAUGGGGUGGCUCAGCAUCACCAAAUGUCUAUUGCAAAUGAUGCCUUUUCAGUUCAUGCCCUGCACAAACAAGGCCCGAGCGGCCCCCAUCCCCACUGCCCCUGUGGGUCCCUGGGGAGCGGCUGCAGAUGGGGGGAGCCCCGAGUCCCAGGCAGCGGGUGCAACUCAAGUCCGUCUCGACAGAGCCACGUUGUCACCUUCUGUCCUUUUUCUUCUGUCCUUCUGUCCUUUCUUCUGUCCCUCUGCUUUGCAGUCCCAAGAACUGUGUAUUGCAAGUGCAGAUACCAGAUCAGGGGCUCAGAUCAACUCCAAGUUCUGAAUGGGCGUUUAGAAAUAACGGUCUGUUCUUUUUGUUAUUAUUAUUAUUGUUGUCAUUGUUCUCAUUACUAUUUAAUGUUACUUUUUGCCUCGGGGUCCAUUUCUUCCCAGUUCCCACAUCCCGUACUGCCACCAAGGCAGAGCAUUUGCUUUGCACACCCUUGCUGAUGUCUCUACUCGUUUCCUUCUGACCUUUGUGCAGCUCAGGAGAGACUUGUACCAGAAGCUGGACCCUGGUCCUGCUCUGUAGGAGUUUCUAGCAUCUUGCAGCUGUCAGCAGAGAGGUUCAGGCCCCUUAAGAAUGAUUUAUUUUUAAACAAAUACAGAAGAAACACAGCAUUGCUAAUGCUUAGCAACCUCUUGUCCUAGCCUGCCUUUUUGCUCGGAGUUUUAAGAAUCACAUUAGCUUUAAAAGAGGUUGUUAAUCUUGGAGAGUUUCUUAGCUUACAGUACGGCAACCAGCAUCCUGAAAGUGCCCCCAAAUCUUACUGGCCUGGAAUGGGAACGUGGUUGUGUCGAUCAGGAUGGUGAGGAAGGAUGGGUUUUGUUUGAGUUUGACACUGGUAAAACUUGUGUUCAGAGCCCUUGGUUUCACUGGUUUGAAGAUUCAGCUUUACUAAUCCAGUGCAUUGUUUCCAUUGGUGUUACGAAAUUCAUUCUAUCUUAAGUGGGGGUAUAAGGAAAUCCAAUUGCUUUCUGGAGAAUCACCCUUUUUUAUGUGUAUUGAACUACGAAAUUGCACUAACUGCUAUAUUAAAAAAUAAAGAAAAAAAAAGCCCAACGUUUUUACUAAGGAUCGGGAAAAGACUGAAUCCAGAUGUGUAGCAUUAACAGUGCUAGGUGAGAACAGAAUGAAUUUUUAAUCUCUUCUGUCUCUCUAUCGCUCAGAGAUUUUCUAUGUACAACACAUAGCUACAAAAAUCGAACAGAAGUUUUCCAGAAACUCUGCAUCAAAUUUUUGCUGUACUAUAGAAGCUCAUGAAGGACAAAAUUGAAGUCCUAAUUUGCCUGCCUUAUAGACACAUUUCAUUGUAUUAAUAUUUUCUUAAACUUCCAGUUGCAUUGCUUUGCCUUUGGAGUUUGUUAUAGGCAGUCCUGUAUCCUGAGUUCUGUUCAAGUUUAAACUUAUGUAAACUAUUGACAGCACAUGCAAUGCAGUACUUAUCUAUAUUUUGCUGUUUUAGUAUGAAUAUGUACUCUGAUGCCAAUUUACAAAAAUCUGUUGUAAACGCUUAUUGUGUAACAGUAACCGAUAGUGGCCAUUAUAUGUCAUUCUAAAAGCUGCAAUACUUAUACAAUAAAUUUUACAAUACUUUGGAAAAUUUGCCUUCACCUUUUGCUUUGUUACCCAAAAAUCAGGGUUUGCCAACACCGUGUAAUUUCUAAAGCUCUUCCUAUUUUCAAAUACUGGAAAAUGAAUAUUCUCAGUUCUUGACAUUUGUGUGGUUUUUCCCCCCCUUCCUUGUUAAGUCGCCUUCUGAAUAACGGGCCGACCUCUGUAUUGCCAUGAUGUGUUUUUUCCCAUGAAGCUGUAGCUGGUUCCCGUGUAUCUGCAUGCUCAGUCUGUGUGUGCGUGCACAAUUCUGUUUUCUUUUUGAGUAGAUCAGGUGUCGCAGCUUUAAUCCCAGAAGAAGCAUUCCUGGUUUGCACCAGUAUGUCCAACACUUGCGAUCCUGCCUUUCAGCCAAGAACAUCACUGAUGGUCAGAAGGUCUUAACUUGAAUAACCGUCAAUCAACAAGAACUGUGUAGAUUGACUCAAAUCCUAAGCACAGAUAAUUUAUGUAACUUUCUCCUUUCUGAGACUGUGGUCAAAUUGCAGUGAUCACAUUAAAAUGAUUGAAAACUUUA